CGCGUCUCUUCAUUCAGUUCUUCGAGAGAGAGAGGGAAACGUUGGUUUCUCUCUUAGUUGCCGUUGAUUUCUUUCCCUCUCUCUGUUGUUGGGUUUUCUUCAAAACAUUAAAAUGUCUCGGCUUUCAGAUUUUAUCAACUUAAAUCUCUCUGAUUACACUAAGAAAAUCAUUGCCGAAUACAUAUGGCUUGGAGCAUCUGGUACGGACAUCAGAAGCAAAGCAAGGACGCUUCCGGGGCCGGUUGCAGAUCCUCAGAAGCUUCCCAAGUGGAAUUACGACGGUUCCAGCACUGGUCAAGCUCCCGGUGAAGAUAGUGAAGUAAUACUAUAUCCUCAGGCCAUUUUCAAGGACCCAUUUAGGAGAGGCAACAAUAUCCUUGUGAUGUGUGAUGCUUACACACCUGCUGGAGAGCCGAUUCCAACGAACAAAAGACACAAUGCUGCGAAGAUUUUCAGCCAUCCUGAUGUUCUGGCCGAGGUUCCAUGGUAUGGAAUAGAGCAAGAGUAUACCCUUCUUAAGAAAGAUGUUAGAUGGCCCAUAGGAUGGCCUGUGGGAGGUUACCCUGGUCCUCAGGGCCCAUACUACUGUGGUGUUGGUGCUGACAAAGCAUUCGGCCGUGACAUAGUGGAUUCCCACUACAAGGCCUGUCUUUACGCGGGCAUCAACAUCAGCGGCAUAAAUGGAGAAGUCAUGCCAGGCCAGUGGGAAUUCCAAGUCGGCCCCGCCGUCGGUAUCUCUGCCGGUGAUGAACUAUGGGUCGCUCGCUACAUUCUUGAGAGGAUUACAGAGAUUGCUGGCGUUGUUCUCUCAUUUGACCCGAAGCCUAUCCAGGGAGAUUGGAAUGGAGCUGGCGCUCAUACGAAUUACAGCACCAAGUCGAUGAGAGAAGAUGGCGGUUAUGAAGUUAUCAAGAAGGCAAUUGAAAAGCUUGGGCUGAAGCACAAGGAACACAUUGCUGCCUAUGGCGAAGGCAACGAACGGCGUCUAACUGGACGGCAUGAGACUGCUGAUAUCAAUACUUUCUUAUGGGGAGUUGCUAACCGUGGUGCUUCCAUUCGAGUCGGUCGAGACACAGAGAAAGCUGGCAAAGGCUAUUUUGAGGACAGGAGGCCCGCCUCGAACAUGGAUCCCUAUGUGGUCACUUCCAUGAUUGCAGAAACGACGAUCCUGUGGAAGCCAACAUAAGCUAAACAUGGGUAGAUUGGCCACAUCCCCAUUCUUCGUGGGGCCCAAAUUUCCAUUGGUUUGAGAUCUUCCAAAUGCAUUUACGAUCUCUAAUCAUCUAUUCUCAUUGAAAAAUUGCAUGUGGUGCACGUAGUGUGUUUUUACUAGUCUUCCUUGUCCUUUCGUUUUUUUGAGGUUGUAGAGAGGCAGGUGAGAGAAUGCCUUAUGUUGAAUAACACAUUAGUAACAGCUAAUAAAUUCAAAGUCUUCAAAGUCUC